ACUUAUCUGCCAUUUUGUAUCUCCGCAGCCUAACCAGACCAAGUUUGUCGUCAACGAAGAAGGAAGGAAUGCGAAUGUUCACUUCACUUGUUAAUUUGCACCUUUAAUCAAAGGACGUUAUAUUACAGUUUGGCUAGUUUGACGUUAGUGGCAGUCGGCUGACUGUCUUUCUAAACAGUUAAUCAUCGAGACAGAUUUAAUCUUGUUUACCUUUUUUUGCUUUAGCAGGAGAGCUAACGCUAACGACGUUAGCCAGCUAGCUUAGCUAGCGAACAACCGUCCAAGCGUUAGCUCUUAACGCUAACAGUAGUCUGUGGCGAAAUGGCGGCCAACACGACACAAGCAACCCCAACAACAAACUGGUCCUAUGGUGGAGCUGGAGAUGGCCAGGUUCAGGAAAACCCAGAAUGGGAGAAGGCAAGACAAGCACUAGCGUCUAUUAACACGAGUCAGACCUCUGCUAAAACGGCACAAGCCAACCGGACAGCCACAGCAGAGGCCGGUCAGUUUCAGCCAGCAGUGACUGAACCGGCUGCCAUUCAACAGCAACAACAACAACAACAACAGCAGCAGCAGCAACAGUACUAUCCAUGGUACCAACAGACUCAGCAACAGUACCCUGGAUACACAUACCCCUAUAAUUACUACUACCCCAUGGGUCCAUAUGGAGGAGCAGCAUAUCCAUCAAAUCAGUAUGGUGUACCCCAAGGGCCUUACCCGGGAGCUCCCACCUCUAAUGGACAGCCUCCUCCAGUGCCUGGAAUGGAAGAUCAGUCCCCUGGAUACCCAUCUCAAUCACAACCUCCUCCCCCUGCUGCUCCCCAGCCACCCCAGAGCCCAACCACCUCAGAGACACCCCCUCCUCCUCCACCCCCACCAAUUGCUCCCCCACCCAACUCCCAGUACCCCCCUUCUCCAUCACAAAAUGCUUACGGUGCAAAUAACUCCAUGCAAUACCCUCCCGGUGACUCCAACCAAAUGCAAGGUUACAAUCAUUCCCAGGGAAGGCCCAACUAUGGACAGGGCUUCCAGGCCCAGAACGCCUAUCAGCCCCCUCAGAACACCUCACAGCAGCCCGGCCAGUAUGUACCCGGACUCGGCAGAGGAGAGGCCAACAAAAACAAAAACCAAAAACAAGGACAGCAACUGUGGCACCGCAUGAAACAGGCCCCUGGCUCAGCUUCAGUAAAGUUUAAUAUUCACAAGAGGCCCUAUCAGGUUCAGUGUUCUCCGAUGUCCAAUCAGACUUUCCCACCAGGCGACCAGCCCUCAGGAGUGAAUCCAGAUCCUUCCUCCCCAUCUUCCGCCAGCGCUGCACUCGGAGGUGCUCAGACACGACCCCAGGACUGGCCCCAAGCCAUGAAGGAAUAUGUGCAGCGCUGUUUUACAGCCUGUGAGACGGAGGAAGAUAAAGAUCGUACAGAGAAGGUGCUGAAGGAAGUUCUGCAGGACCGGCUGAAGGAUGGCUCUGCUUACACUAUUGAUUGGAAUCGAGAGCCAUUGCCAGAACUAAAGGUCAAGCUGUCUCGUUGGGAAUCGAUUCAAUCCCAGAGGACAUCAGAUGGUGGAAGUGCAGUAGGUGCGUCUCCAAGAGGCAGGGGUGGUGGACACCGACUGGGCCACUACAGGAACAUAUUUUCUCAGAGGAGUCCAUCUUCUAGUUCCUCCCGCUCCUCCUCCCGCUCCCCAUCCCCAUCCCACGGCCGACACCGGGACCGCAGCAACCAAAGGCACAAACGCAGUGAUUCCGGCUCGCAGUCAGACAGCAGCAUCUCCAGUGACCUCCGACCUCAGCUGUCACGUCGCAGUCAGAGAGGUGCUCGUGGUCGUGGUAGUGACAGGGAUAGAGGCCGUGGGGAGAGAGGACGAGGAAGAGGAGGGAAAGCAAACAGAGGAAGGAGAAACAUGGACGAUUCCAAUGCAGCCGUUGGAAAGAAGAGGAAAGGGGGUAAUGCUGGUCUGGAUUUCCACGACCCCAACAGAGAAGCCAAGAAGCAGAGCAGAGCCGCUCGUUUCCACAAGCAGCUUCGCUCAGAGCCGCUCGUUCUCUCCAUCAAUUCCCUGGACCUGCCCGAUGGAACCCAGGAAGGCCUCAGCUGGGACGACUGCCCCAUUGUGGGAACAUGCCAGGACAUCACCAAGUGCUACCUGAGGCUCACCUGUGCCCCGGACGCCUCCACUGUGCGCCCUGUGCAUGUCCUGAGAAAGUCUCUGCAGACUGUGAAAGUCCACUGGAAAACCCACCAGGACUACACCUAUGCCUGUGAACAGAUGAAGUCCAUACGACAGGACCUCACGGUCCAAGGAGUUCGUACUGAGUUCACAGUGGAAGUGUACGAGUGUCAUGCACGCAUUGCUCUGGAAAAGGGAGACCAUGAAGAGUUCAACCAGUGCCAGACCCAGCUGAAGGCCCUGUACAAGGACAACCCCUCAGAAAACAUUGGAGAGUUUACAGCAUAUAGAUUGAUUUAUUACAUCUUCACAAAGAACUCUGGAGAUCUGACCACUGAGUUGGUUUACUUGACCCCAGCACUGCGGGCAGAUGUGUGUGUGUCUCAUGCUCUAGCCCUCCGUGCUGCCUGGGCGUUAGGAAACUAUCGCCGUUUCUUUAAGCUGUACAAGGAAGCCCCGCGUAUGGCUUCAUACCUAAUUGACAAGUUUGUAGAGAGGGAGAGAAAGAUUGCACUUUGGGCCAUAGUCAAAACGUUCAGGCCCGACUUGCCGGUGCAGUAUGUGCAGUCCAAUCUGGGCUUCUCUUGUUUAGACUCCUGUAUGGCCUAUCUUACUGGGCUAGGUGUCACCUUCUACCCUAGUGACCCCGAUAAGAUAGACUGCAAGGCCAGCACAGCCGCUUUGGCUGCGUCCUGAGGGGGGGGGGGGCUUAGCACCAUGAAGGGAGACGCUAAGGGAUUAUCAUGGAGCCUUACAUAUUUAAUGUACUGCACAUCAGACACCUCAGUCUAUUCAGAUAGGGAAGUUGGCAAACUAACAACUGUAUAUAGAAAGAUACAUGCUGCAGAUUCCAGAUGUAAGAGUUUACACACACUGUCACUCAAAUAUUGUAGGUUAGCCUAAUGCCCAAGUUAUCGCUCUACAUUGAUAUGGCCAGAAAAGUGAGUGAACAGUUUAGAUUUGGGAUUAACAUGUAGUCUCAGCAUUUAGAGCCCCAGGAGUCACAGAAGCAGAUCAGGGAGGCGCCCUCAAGGUUCCUGUUCCGUAACCACCAUCAGAUGUCAAAGCUAACAGUGUUCUGUUAUGUUUUUUCCUUCCUCAAGUCAACAGCUCCAACACCUGAAGAAUCAAGCCUUGUCAACCAAAAGAGAAAUACAAACAGCUGUUCUUCAAGUCAUUUAUCCAGCUCUCUGCUGUUUGACAACAAGCCUACCGAUUCACGUCAACUCGACAUAUUCCUCUUAGAGACUGUGAGACAACAUGGUGAGAAGAAGCCAGCAGUUUGCCUGAAAGAAGAAGAGGUGGUGGUUUGUAUAUCCUAUCCUGCGCCUGGUUUCCUCAAGGUUCUACAGUUAGCUGUGCAUCCUGUUCCCUCAAAUAGCCCGUGUAAUGGAGCAAUGGACUGAAGUCUUAGGUCUGGUUCCUGGUUUAAUGAAGCGGUAUCCAUCCGCUGGUCACAGUCAUGAAAUGGGUGGCCAUUUUUCGGGAAACGUCUCAAUCUGAUGAGCAUUGACUUUUAUAGGCAGGUGUUCUUCAUCUCCUCACUCCGUACCGUCAGAGCUGAGCUCCAUCUCCAGAAUCAAACAGAGAAUCUGCUUUCAUCGUCCUCUGGUUUAAGUCCUGGCAGCACCUGGAGUCCAGCAGACCCUGAUCAGCACAGCAAAGCGAUGAAGCCCGUCUAUCAUCCAUGUUGGCCAUCUUAACUUCACCAGCUGUUUAUCCAAAGAAACAGUGGCAGCUAAGCUGCCAUCUUUAAAUGCAGCUAACGGUGAAGUCUGCGUGCUGGAUCAUCAGCGGAAAACCUGCUGCAAGAAGGAAUAAUGAGUGGUUUGUAUGCUACAGCUGGCUGGUAAGCGAAAGGGACUUCUCUGGAAGGAGGUGGAUGACGGCACAGCAGAGAUGUUGCCUCACACGUCUUCUGUGUUAAAUGUUAUACGUCUUGUGUUUUUGGACAGCAGUAUUGGCCUAGUAAAAUAAUUAUUGAGCUGCAACGCAGGUUUUUAUCUACAUGUUGAUAUUGGACAGGUGAGGGAGAAAUUUGACAAUAUCCUAAAAUGCCCAAAAUGGCAGCAAUAAGACUUUAAAUUUACUGCACAUGUACUUGUGCUGUCUGAAUGUUAUAUGUUAAAGUAUUUCAAAUUGAUUUAGACCGUAAUGUAAUAAAGAGGAAGAUUAAAGUUGAGUGCUUUUAUGUCCAUUUCUCAGUAGUUAUGAUAGAAGUUUCUCAAACAAAAGCUGCGAUUGUAGCCCAUUUACUCGAAGUUCAAAACAGUGGUGUUGUAGUUGAGGAUUUUGGCCAUUUAUCUUCGAGAGAUUUGUGCUUUUCACGACUUAAAAUACGAUAGGUGGUGGUGCACUAUUUUAGGUGAUAAUUGGUAAAAUAUGUGACAAUACUUGAAAUAGUGAUUAGAAAAUGUCAGAAACAAACGGAACUUUUCACACUGACUAAACUUUGUUCUGCUCUCCACCAUUAUCUAUCGUUUGGGUCCUCAUUUAGGAUGAUUGUGCUGGAAUUGAAAACAGGUUGAUGUCAUUCCUCCUGAUCUUUUCUAUAAACCGUAUUGAUUCCCACUGUAGAAACAUUGAGCUUGAGGUAUUUAAGACUUUAAGGCUGUACAAGUUACAUGUUUACUUGUCUACAGAGUAUAUUUUUGUAAAUAUUGUAUGAUACUGCUGUGAUUUCUUUUCAAUUAGUGCCUAGGGUAGAUUUUUUGUUGACACACGGGUAAGUGUGAUAUUGUUUUUUUUUUUUUUUUCUGGGUUUUGCAAAACUCUUUAAAACCAUUUAUGUGAAAACUAAACUUCAAUGCAGACAGGUCUGUAUUGGGUUAUAUGCUAUGUCAUCAGAGAGGAUGUAGUGGUGGAGUUCAUAACUGCUAGUUUCUGCCAGUACAGCCUGAACAUAUUCACACAGGCUCUUCAAUGUGGUGGGAUAUCAUGCUCAAUUCCCAGUGACAUAACAAAUAUGGUUGUUAAAUUGUCCCUUCAGACAAAAACUGUUUGCAGAUUGUCCAACGCAAAGCCGAUCUAUAUACUGGGAGCACUAUUGCUAAACAUGACAUUUUAACACCUACCACAAAACGAUAGCUUUACAUCGCAUUGACAAAAUACUCUUGUGAACCUGACUUGUUAAUUUGUUGGUAAAAGUGUUCCAUUGUUGACCAUUAUUUCAGUAAGGAAUGAAGUUAAUUUUGUAAUGACAACGAUCUCAACAUGUUUUCUUUCUUUCCCCUUCAUUUACCUGAUCCCCUGUCCUCUUUACUCCCCCCCCCCCCCCUCCCCCCCAGUCCCAAAACCUUUCUCUCACACGUCACCAGACCUCUCAUUCUUCAGCUCGUAGCACUGCUGCGUUGCAGGAGCAUCUGGAGUGAUAAGUGGGCGAACCACCUCCAGACGCCAGCCGGAGAGAGUGAAUAGUGAGCGAUCCAAGUCUUGGUUUGACUCACGUUGAAGCCUCACAGCUGAUGAAAUACAUGGGAGCCUUACACAAUGAAAUAUGGAGAAUGUUGAUUUUGCUGCUAACCCAAAUAUUUGAAAUGUUUUUCUGUGCGAUGUGAUACAUGUUUAGUUUUUAAAUCCAUAUUUGAGGAUUGACAAAGUCUUCAUGUUUUGCUGUUUUCUGUUUGUUCAGACGCAUUUAUACUUUUUCAAAUAAUGUUCCUUCGGUCGUUUACUGGUAAAUUUGUAAUUUAAGAUUUUUAAAUUUUUUUUUUUUUUUUUUUUUUUUUUCUCACCCUAUUUAUUAAUAUUUGGGAUUAAUUUGGCUGGGGUUUGAACGGUGGACUGAACAACUUGAGUUUGUUAGAGUUGCAGUAGAUCUUAUAUUUGACAGCGUGAUCCUCGUCUAAAAAGUGUGUCUGGACAUACAGAAUGUUAUCCUCAAAGUUCACUAACAUUUAGUAUGAUUAGAAAACAAAAUUCCUUAGUACGCAGUCGUCUUUAGGCAAAGUUCCUUAUUUGAGAAGUGCUGGUGCGUGCUCCCGUGCUAAGAAAUUACCUUUUGGUUUCUUCUAAUGUGACUGAUCUUAAUCGAUGGUGGUUUGUUGCCUUUGGUUUACGUCCUAAGAUUUGUUUACACAUGGUUAAAGUGUGUACAUCUGAUGUCUCAGGUCUUCAGCAUUGAUACAGCCCAGGAUGUUCAAUUUAUUUAUUUAUUUUUUUUUCGUAGAAAACUCACUCCAGACAACUAACGAUACACAUUUUCAUUUUGGAUGUUUGGUUUUUCCUCUCCGAUGCCCGAGUCAUGUUUUCAGUAUUUUUUUGCUCCCAUGUUACUGUAUACCUCCCAUCAGUCUUUGUAACUCCUUCCUUGAUAUUUGCUGGUAGAACUCCCCAUGUCCCUCACCUCUGCUGUUCUCCUGUCAUUUGAAUUAGUCUUCUCUCUGUUCUCACUUUCUCUUAUUUACCCUCCCUGCAUGCUGUCCUCUCCUACAAAUCUCUAACCAUUAAUUCUUCUCUCCUCAUCCUUCUCGUUUCCUUUUAUGUCGAGUAUGUUUGUGGCUGUUUGCCAUGUGCAAUUAGUCACUCUCGCUAGUAAGUAUUAUACGGCGUCUGAAAUGCUUCAAUAGUUUCUGUUGCGGCUCACUAACAACUGAAGCUGAAGGUUUAUCUGCAAUGCCUCCUCCCCAUCUACAGAUCUGACAUGAUAAACUGCCAUUUUGUAAAUACUGUAUAUAUAUAUAUAUUUUUGACAAAAAAUCUAAUAAACUUCAAGUAUAAAGUG